GUAGGGAAGUGUUAUGCUGGCUGACUGCGGCUUCCGGAUAUACUGACUGCAGCAAUCUCCGCCGGAGCUAGGCGGCUCCAUUCCAGUCUGGACCGGUUUGGACGGUGUGGGGAGGGAAGAGCUUUCUAUGUGGGCAGCAUAAGAAGACUCUACCAUGGCAUUCUCCCACGUCACCUUUCAAGUCAGGGGAGCGGUGGUGCCAGGAGAGGUCAUUGCACUCUCUGGGAACAGUGAAGUGCUAGGUGCCUGGAGACCAGAAAGAGCCGUUAUCUUACAUCCUGACUCUAGUGAUUGUACGGUCUGGAAAACAAAUGUUACGCUUCCUAGAGGAAUCCCAAUACAGUAUCGGUAUUUCAAGGGUGUCUUCCUGGAGCCAAUGAGUACCGGAGGUCCAUGCCAAGUCAUAGUUCAGAAGUGGGAGACUCAUCUGCAGCCGCGAUCAAAAAUCCCUUUAGAUAAUGAAUCUUUUAUUGAUGAUGGAGAAUUUGGAAUUCACAAUGGCGUUGAAACAGUGGAUUCCGGAUGGCUGACAUGUCAGACUGAGCUUAGAUUACGUCUACAUUAUUCUGAAAAACAGCCUGUUUCUAUAUCCAAGAAAAAAUUUAAAAAGUCUAGGUUUAGGGUGAAACUGACAUUGGAAGGCUUUGAAGAAGACGGCGAAGAUGAAGAACCAGAUAAAACGCCACCUGGUUUUCUCCUAAAGAUGGCUAGCAGUUUUGACAUCUCGCUAAUAAGCAACACAGAAUAUAAGUGUCGGCAUUCGCAGCCAGAAUGUGGCUAUGCUCUCCAGCCUGACCGAUGGACUGAAUUCAGUAUACACACCAUGGAGCCAGAAAAUUUGGAGCUACUGUUUGACUUUUUUGAAGAAGACCUCAGUGAGGCGGUGGUACAGGGGGACGCACUCCCAGGACACGUGGGCAUAGCUUGUCUCCUGUCCUCCACCAUCACGGAGACUGGGAAGAGCAACGGCGUUAUCACACUCCCCAUUAUGAGCAGGAAUGCCAGACAAACCCUUGGGAAAGUUAGAGUUGAUUUUAUUCUUAUAAAGCCAAUCCGAGGAUUUUCAUGCGACAUGGCCAGCUCUUUCUGCAAGUACUGGAAGCCACGGACCUCACUUGAUGUUGGACAUAGAGGCGCCGGUAAUUCAACCACAGCUGCAAAAAUGGCUAAAAUUCGUGAAAACUCUGUGGCUUCACUAAAAAGCGCUGCCAACCACGGGGCAGCAUUUGUCGAGUUUGAUGUCCAUCUUUCCAAAGAUCUUGUUCCAGUUAUCUAUCAUGACCUGACCUGCUGUAUAUCUAUGAAAAAGAAAGCGAAUGCUACGUCUGUGGAGCUGUUUGAGAUCCCUGUGAAGGAGCUAUCCUAUGACCAGCUUCAGCUGUUGAAGCUGGCACACGUGACUGCACUGACGCUAAAAGAUCAUUUUGACUCUAUUGAUGAGGAGUGUUCUGUGUUAGACAGCCAGCCGUUUCCUUCCCUGCAAAUGGUGUUGGACUAUGUCCCUGAUGAUGUUGGAUUCAAUAUUGAAAUCAAGUGGAUCUGUCAAGAGAAGAGUGGUAAAUGGGAUGGCAAUUUGUCUACUUACUUUGAUAUGAACACCUAUCUGGAUAUCAUUUUAAAAACUGUCCUGGAAAACCCCAGCCACAGACGGAUUGUAUUCUCUUCAUUUGACGCAGAUAUUUGCACAAUGGUCCGACUCAAACAAAACAGAUACCCCAUACUUUUUCUGACACAAGGGCAAUCUGAUAUAUAUCCUGAACUCAUGGAUCUCAGGUCUCGGUCAACUCCUAUUGCAGUCAGUUUUGCUCAGUUUGAAAAUAUUCUGGGAAUAAAUGUCCACACAGAAGACCUUCUGAAAAACCCGCACUAUAUACAAGAAGCUAAAUCUAAGGGCUUAGUUGUAUUUUGCUGGGGGGAAGACACCAAUGACCCGGAGAACCGCAAGCUCUUAAGGGAAUAUGGCAUUGAUGGUCUGAUCUAUGACAGGAUAUACGACUGGAACCCCGAGCAGCCGAACGUAUUCCAGGUGGAACAAAUGGAGCGUCUUAAGAAAGAGCUACCGGCGGAAAUGCUUCAGAGCUGUCUCUGCCCAGUUAUCAAUCCCUAUGUUUGUAAAUCAGAGCACUGCACGCGGAACGGUAUCGCCAUGGAUACCAAUGGCGUUGCUAACCAUCAGCCACUGUAAUUUCUCAUUCUUUCAGCUAGCAUCUCAGGGUUUGCAUCCUCAUUUGCUGUCCUACUGAAGCAAUAGUGAAGCCAUUUUGAUGUUCCAUUACACCUAUUUGCAUCCUAAUUUUUUUUUUUUUUUUUUUUUUUUUUCCGGCCAGAAAAUCAUUCCAACGUGACGAUCAAUUGUAAUGGCUCUUGUUGAGUAAAAGCAAUUACUGGUAGAGAAGGUUCCUGUAUAAACUGUUACUUUGUGUAACCAUUAUACCUCAGAGGAAAAGGUUUCCCUUUUAUCCUUCAAGUGCAAUAUUCAUUAUCCGGAAACUUGUAUUCCGUGUACGCAUCAAUCACUGUACUGUAUACAUCAUUAUUUCUGGCCGCCAUUGACUGAUUACCUCAGUUGCAGAUUUUUGCACUGCGAAUAGCAGUGGUGCAGUCCAUACAUGCACCACUGCUGUUUUUGAAAGUUUGUGCCAUGCUCCCCAAGCUCAUGCAUUCUAGCUUUAUGGAGACAUUAGUUGACGUCUAUUUGUUUGCGUGUUUUGUGCCAUACCAUAGAAGCAGAUUUCUCUAGAUCUUAGCUGUAGAAUUGGAAUGUCGUCCUAUAGUGAGGCAGCUGUCGCCUUGCCUUCACUAAAAACAUGUAAAAUACAAAACGAAAAAGCUUUGUUCCAAAUGUGUGUAGUGAUAAUGUAUAGGUCAAUGUAGAGUUUGAUUAAUAACACAGGAUUGUUUUAACAAAUAUGUAUAAAAAAAAAAAAAAAAAAAAAAAAACGUAGGCUAGACUAUUCUGUGCAAUGCUUGUUCUAUCUGCUGACGUGAUUGCAAGCACUUAGCAUGGACUGGUUACUAAUCACUGUGCCUAUACAUUUUUACAAAAGCCAAUCUGUACAGUAUGCUUAGAACGAUGUGGGGUUUAUUAACGGAUUCUCCCCCCCAAAAUAAUAUAUAUGCAAGUCACUGACUAUUCAGCAGUACAGUCAAAGUCCAACGCCAGGAACAGUCUUGUCGAUGUACAGUAUGAUGUCAUAGACUGUUCCUGAAUAUCUGGUGUGUUGGCUGCAGAUUUCAUAUACAAACACAUUUGCUGCAACUGUGGAAUGUAGCAUUGUCCGCGGCACAUGCACCGACUUAUUUAUUAUUUCCAAGAGGAAAUAUGUCUGUAAUCCUAACACCCUCUAUGUCUACUUUUGUAUGUGUGUGUAUUCUAAAGCAGUCCUGUCGCCAAGUCCUAUUAUGUUUAAUAUAGAGAGAGAGCAUUUUAUUCAGAGUUCUGUGCAUGCGCUUUGCUUCCUCCAGGGGACACAGCAGGAUUGCCGAGAGGAAGCUCUUGGGCCAGCUUCCUAUCUGCAUCACAGCUCUCUGCUGCGAGAGCGGUAGGAAGCUUGCAGGGAGAAAGGAUGGUCUGAUGAACAAAAUGCUUUCUCCUGAGUGAACGGGGAAUUAAAAAAAAAAACAAAAGAAUCAUGGCACUUUGUCAGGUUUUCUCUAAGCUCACUCAUUGCCUACACACUGUGCAGAGAAUGGCUCCAUCCUUGGUAAUAUUUCGACUUUAUUCCCCUCACGUUGUCGGCUACCACUCUUCAUCAUCACAACUCACCUGUGUCUAGGCCUGCCCUUAGCACCUUUUAAAAGGCCAUUAAAUCUAACCAGUACAUUGAUUUGGAAUACAGCGUUAUUUGGUAACAUCUGUAAAUAAAUAUGUAACUGUUUAUAAAUUAGCUAAAUUCCUGCACUCUGGCAUUUUAUGUACUGGCUGAAUGUAGGGAAUUGUCUUCUGGAAUAAUGCAUAAUGUACCAGUGUACAUUUGUGAUGUGUCCUUCAGUGGUCUGUUAUACAGCAUCCCUGGAGACGAGGGUCCUUGAUGUGCACUUACCUGUAUAUUUUAUUAAGUCUCUGUCUGGUAUGAGUUCUCUAGGUUAGAAUUGGUUGGCCUUUUAAAUUUCCAUCACAGGAGUACUGAAAAGCACUGGGAAAUGACAUUAGGUGGACAGGAAGUUAAGGUUCUGCAUGACAUUAUAGGAAAUCACAGAGGAGAAAACCUGUAUUGCGUUCACCGUCUAAUAUAGUAGCUGCUUUGAAAUCCCUUCUUGUGCCUCCACAUCAUGUAUUAGAGGUGAAUUAUGUCAUAAUUACACAAUCAAGGGUAUUCACAACCAUCUUUUGCAGUGGAAGAAUGUGCAGUGGAGGAACUUGAUUACCUGAUGCUGGUACAGUAACCCAGGCAUCGAGCGCCUCCACCAUGUAAAAUGCCAUAACCUCAACAUUGGUGUUUUGUGAGACGUGUUCCUUUAUUAGAAGAGAUGAUUUACACACUCAGGAGUAUGAAUGUAUUUCUCAAAUGUUCUAUCAAGCUUCCAAGAGAGAGAAGUACUAUACUAAUUUUACUUCCAUAACCAAUGAGAGUGCUGUCCAACAAGAGCUUAGUGGAUCACAAUUCUUCAGAAACGACUUGAAUAAUAAAUGGUCGUGACAUCCCAUUCUGGUGCUAUAAUGCCACCUCUGACAUUUGUGUAUGGGUGUGCAGUUGAUGAUUACAAUAGUACGGACUGUAACCGGUUUAUAAGCAUGCCAUUUAUGUAUAGAUCUUUUUCAUUGUAGGUUGUGUCGUUGUUAGGUUUAACUUUAUACUUAAUAAUAAAGUAUUUUCACUUCGAA